AUGACGAGUCCAACUCCUCUCUACGAGAACAAGGUGGCUACCUCCUCCUCAGAAUCCGCUACUUCUUUGGCUACCUGCAAUCCUUUGUCGUCUACUGGAUGUUCUGCAGAUCCUGCUCUAGCCACCGCCAUCAGCGACGACUUUCACUCUGAAAGCAAACACUACUCCCCAUAUAGAACACCCAGUAAGAUAUCCUAUAGUGACGAUGGACUCAACCUCACAUUGUCCAAACAGUACGAUAAUCCAUCGCUCGUAUCUAACUACUAUAUCAUGUUUGGACGUAUGGAAGUGAUGUUGAAGUCUGCAAGUGGUACGGGUGUCAUAAGCUCUUUUUACCUGCAGAGUGAUGAUCUCGAUGAGAUUGAUUUUGAGUGGUUUGGAGGAUAUGGAUAUGAAGUUCAGUCCAAUUUUUUUUCUAAAGGUAACACCACCACUUAUGACAGAGGUGAAUACCACCAAAUGGAUGAUCCUAGAGCGGAUUUCCACAACUAUACAGUUGACUGGACUUCUGAUGCCUUAAAAUGGUACCUUGAUGGUACUUUGAUCAGAACGUUGGACAGCAAUAGUUCUUCUGGAUAUCCACAAUCUCCAAUGCGUGUAUACUUUGGUGUUUGGGCUGGAGGUGAUUCCAGCAACACUGAAGGAGUCAUCGAAUGGGCUGGAGGUCUUACUGAUUACACUUUGGCUCCAUUCAACAUGCAGAUCCAAAAAUUAGUGGUAACCGACUAUUCUACCGGUUCCGAAUAUAAAUACACGGACGACACCGGUGACUGGUCAAGCAUUCAGGCUGUUGACGGUAAAAUUAUGGGCAGACAAGCUAAGGGAGUAUCUGAGUUUAGCUCAUUGGUUGAAGGUGAAGAGAUCUCUUCUUCAAAUACCACUGAUAUCACUGAUACUACGGGAUCAUCUGAGACCUCUAGUGAGAGUGAAAACUUGUCUGCUUCCAUUACAUCUUCUUCUGAAGCUACUGAUUCAUCCACCCUCACAGGAUCCGACACUACUAUCUCUACUAUAACCACUUCAGGUUCUUCUUCCUCUUCUUCUCUUGCAUCUUCUAUCAAUUCCACUGAUGGGGCACUAGGCCUUGAAAAUAGUUUAUCAGCGCUGGCUGCCGGCCUGCUGUUUGUGGUUUCAUUGUUAUGA